UAACGUAACUAACCAGUAACGUAACUGCAAAGGUAGCACCACCCUCUCCACAAAAUCCUCCUUCAUCAGUAGAGACACUUUCUGCUGGACACGGGUCAGGGACUGAGGACAGACAGACAGAAGGCGAAGAUACGAAAAGAUACUAUGGCAACCCCUUCAGAUCAGAAUGUGGAGUUUGUGCGAACAGGCUACGGCAAGAACAUAGUGAAGGUGCUGGUCAUCAGGAGACAGGGGAGCCACCACUACAUCAUCGAGCUGAAGGCUGACGUGGAGCUCACACUCAAAUCGCGCAAGGAUUAUCUCAUGGGAGACAACUCGGACAUCAUCCCCACCGACACCAUCAAGAACACUGUCCAUGCCCUGGCCAAGCUCAAGGGGGUUAAGACCAUCGAGCAGUUUUCCCUGGAUAUCUGUCAGCAUUUCCUGACCUCUUUCAACCAUGUGCUGAGUUCCAAAGUUCACAUGGAGGAGGCUCCGUGGAAAAGGCUGGAGAAGAAUGGGGUAGAGCAUGCUCAUGCAUUCAUCUACAACCCAGAAGCUUGUCGCUUCUGUGAUGUUGAACAGAAUCUCAAUGGCAUCCCCGUGGUUCACAGUGGGUUGAAGGACAUGAAAGUGCUGAAAACCACCCAGUCUGGUUUUGAGGGUUUCCUCCGAGACCGCUUCACUACUCUGCAAGAGGCCAAGGACAGGUGUUUCUGCACCUCUGUCUAUGCUAGGUGGCGCUACAACAAGACUGAGGAUGUCGACUUUGAUGCUGCGUGGAAGUGUGUGAAGGAGACGAUUAUUGAGAAGUUUGCUGGCCCCUACGAUCAUGGAGUGUACUCGCCCUCUGUGCAGAAAACCCUUUAUGAAACACAGGUUCUGGUCCUGGACCGAGUUCUUGAGGUGGAUGAAAUAGAGAUCAUAAUGCCCAACCAGCAUUACUUCACCAUAGACAUGACAAAAAUGGGCCUCAACAACAAAGAUGAAGUUCUUCUUCCCUUGGAUAACCCUUCAGGCAACAUCACAGGGACAGUGCGCAGGAAACAGCGAGCCAAGCUGUGAAGACAAUGCUUCUGCUGUGAUCUACACAUCAAAUCAGAAUAACCUUUUAAAUGUUUUUAAACACAAUAAAUUACUACAACUCAA